GCUGCUCUCCUGGUCAUGGGUGUGAGGAGCGGCGCCGGAAGGACGACGCCCCGCCGGCGGGGGACAGGUCUCCCCGGGGCCGCCACACUCCUCUGGCUGCUGCCGGCGCUGCUCACCUACUGGGUCAGGUGCGCGGAAAGUGCCAAACCGAGCAAUAUCGUGCUCAUCCUCGCCGACGACCAGGACGUUCAGCUGGGGGGGAUGACCCCGAUGAAGAAAACAAGAACCUUAAUAGGAGAAGCAGGAGCAACCUUUGUGAAUGCCUACACAGUCACGCCACUGUGCUGCCCCAGCAGGAGCAGCAUUUUGACAGGUCGGUACCCCCACAACCACGAGGUGAGGAACAACUCUCUGACUGGGAACUGCUCCAGUCCGCAGUGGCAGAAAGGUCCCGAGUCCGAGGCCUUCCCCGUCUACCUGAGCAAACAGAAAUACCAGACAUUCUUCGCUGGCAAAUAUCUUAACCAGUAUGGUAAGAAAGACGCAGGAGACGUCAGCCAUGUUCCUCCUGGAUGGAACCAUUGGCAUGCAUUGGUGGGGAACUCCCAGUACUACAACUACACACUGUCCGUCGACGGCAAAGAAGAAAAGCAUGGCGACAGUUACGAGAAGGACUACCUGACGGACCUCAUGUUGAACCGGUCCCUUAAAUUUCUGGAGGGCAGGAGCCCCUAUUAUCCUUUCUUCCUGAUGUUGUCUCCUCCGGCUCCUCACUCCCCCUGGACGGCAGCGCCUCAGUACCAGAAGGAGUUUGCAGACGUCAAAGCUCCUCGAGACGGGAGUUUUGACAAACCAGGGAAGGACAAACACUGGCUGCUGCGUCAACCUAUCAACCCCAUGCCAGAUAGCUCACUGAACUAUCUGGAUAAUGCAUACAGGAAAAGGUGGCAGACCCUGUUGUCUGUGGACGACAUGGUGGAGACGCUGGUCAAUAAACUCGAUAGUAUAAAGGAACUGGACAACACUUACAUCUUCUACACCUCAGACAACGGCUACCACACAGGUCAGUUCUCUCUGCCCAUCGAUAAGAGGCAGCUGUACGAGUUUGACAUCAGGAUCCCGCUCUUGGUCCGUGGUCCUGGCAUCAAACCGAACCAGACGCUGAAGGCUCCAGUACUGAAUAUUGACCUGGCUCCCACCAUAAUGGACAUAGCUGGCCUCAACCUGUCCUCUGUGAAUGUUGAUGGGCAGUCUUUCCUUAGUCAGAUGGCUCCCUCACUGCGUAACGGAAGUGUACGGCCCUUUUUCCUUGUUGAAUACACCGGAGAGGGACAUCCCACACCAGAUCCAGCGUGUCCAAAACAAGGCCCUGGAGUAUCUCAAUGUUUCCCAGACUGUGUGUGUGAAGAUGCCUACAACAACACCUACGCCUGCGUCCGGACCCUCGACAGCGAAAACAACCUGCAGUACUGCGAGUUUGCCGACAGCGAGUCGUUUGUGGAGGUGUACAACCUGACGUCAGACCCCCACCAGCUGGAGAACAUUGUGAAGAAGGUGGAUCCAACCGUCCUGCAGGCGAUGAACCAGCGGCUCAUCAAGCUGCAGUCCUGUGAGGGAGACACCUGCCGUCACAUCAAGUAGCGGAGAGGCAGCAGAGCGUUUACAUACUCCGAGGAAGCUGCCAAACACCCACUACUAUCAUACUAUCAUACUCGUACACCUCUUUCCCACCAAAUCAGCUCAGGUUCUUAAACCUUUUACAUUCAGGGUUCUUUGAACUGGAUGUUACCCAGUGAACAAGCCUGCGUUUCCACAUGUUUUAAGUGGAACCAUUGUGAUUUAGGUUCCUUCAUUAGCAGAGGGCGUUGGGGGCUUGAUUUGCCUCCUUCACUCUCCAAUUCUGGCCAAUGUUUGACACACUCACUGAUGUCAUCACGGUUCACGCUUUGAAACCUAAAAUUGUUGGAUUAAUUUUUUUUGCCGAAAAUGCUCCAGUUCCAAAUCAGGUGUACGAAUGGGAACAGAAGCCGUUCCUUGUUGGUGGAAGAGGGUACUGGUGGGAGGUGGUAGGAUAAAAACUGCACAGGCCUUGUUCAUGCUGCCUCACUGUUGCACAGCCACGGCUUCAGGGAACACUUCAAGAAAAGGUUAUGCACUUAUUUGCCUUUUUGCUGAGAGUUAGAUGAGAAGAUGGAUAACCACAACUGGUGAGCGUAUCUUUGCAUAAAGUCUGGCAAUAUAGGGAAACAGCUCCGUCCAAAAUCUCCUCUUCUACAGUUCAUUGAUAAACACCCAACAUCUUUUUUGUUUCAUUUCUGUCAAAAUGACACAGCUUUUUUAUGAGGGUUUGUGUGAUGAGACAUUGCCAGCCAAAAAUUUGAUUUGUUGUUUUGACACUUGGUGUAUUUUUUCUUUUCAAACCCUCAACCACAAAGGGAGCAAGUGUAUUGCCUUAAUCUUUUUUUCCAAUGACGAGUCGAAUAGCCUGCUGAGCUGUGAUCGUAUCAAUGCCUUCACGCGUGGUACUAUUUUCUUCCUGGACAGGGUUAACUCCUCGUCCCAUUCAUUCUACUGAAAUGACUCUACUACCAAUCAGUCCAUGCUGGCUCAUGUGUACCUGUUUACUGCACUAUCAAUGCACUGUCUCUUUAAAGUGUUUGGAGUUCACAGUCCCAUGUUAAUGUUUUACCAAUCGAAGAUACACAAAAUGUUGCCAGUAUUUGUCGUUUUGGAGAUUUAUUGAUUUAAACAGCCGGUACCUUGUAGCUCUCUCAACCAAUCAUCUCUUUAAAGGAAUCGUCCAAAAUGUUAUUUCAUUUAAAGCCUCCUGCAUCAGCUGGUUGGCUCAGCUUAUCAGAAAAGGUUGUGGAAACAGAGGGAACCAGCCGCCGUGGCACAGUCCAAAGUUAACGAAGUCCACUUACCAGCACCAGUAAUACUCACUCACUUGAGCUGGGACAAAAGCCAACAUAAGACAGCAACUUGUCAUAUAAAACAUUUUUAUAGCGACAUAUUAUGAAUACAUUUGUGAGCUUUACAGUUGCUGGUGAUUGGACAGAGCCAGGCUAGCCAUUUCCCUCUGUUUCCAGUCUUUAUGCUAAGCUACGCUAAUUGGUGGCUGAAUCUUUCGACAUAACUGCAGCACACACAAGUUUUUGUAAUGCAAAACGUUAGACUUCUCCCUUAUGGUAAACACUUCACUGUUUCUUUGCUUUUCACAACUCUCUGAAAUCAUGCUUAUUAUUUCAUGAUAGAUAAAAUCCAAUUUUGUGCCUCAGAUUUAGAAAUGCAGUUUAUUUUAACCCUGAUAGUUGUGACAAUAUUUUACAGUGGAUUUUAGUGAUAUUUCUUGAGUCUUGUGGAAAAAGUGAUGUUUGUUUUGUGAGGAGUCCAUCAAGGGAAAUUUCACAUGGACUUGUGUGCCUUUUUAUUUGCACUCACCAGGAACAUGUGCCUUAAAUGUGAAUGAACUUGCACUGUGAUGAAACAUUACUAAAAUAAAAGAAACUUUAAAUGCA